AUGGCCGGCCUAGGGCGGCCGGGGUCGCGCGCCGCGAUGCCCGCCUGGAAACGGGAGAUCCUCGAGCGCAGGCGGGCCAAGUUGGCCGCUCUGGGCGCGGGUCCGGGAUCCGGUUCGGCGCCCGAUGGGCCGAACGAGCGGCUGGUGCUGGCGGAUAGCCUGGGCCCGCUGUGCGAGAACCCUUUCAUGCGGCUGGAAUCGGAACGGCGGCGCGGGGCGCGUCCCGGGCAGCAGCUGCUGGAGCUGUACCGCCGCGUGCCGGGAGUGCGCACCAUCCGCGCGGACAACAUCCUCAUCAUUGAAUCGACGGCGCCCGGCUUCCCGCCCGCCGUUCCUCCCGCCGCCAGCAUCCGCGCUGCUGAGGUCGUGGUGUACGAGGCGCCGCAGCCCGGCCGCGUCAGCCGUCUGCUGGAGAAGUUCGACCCCCCGGCCGUGCCCCGACGCCUCGGGAGCCCCGAGCGCUCUCGCCCCGCGCCGCCGCUGCCGCCCCCAGUGGCACCGGCACUCACCGCCCCGCGAGCGCCCCCCGGCCGGCCCGCGGCCCUCACGGCUCCGGUGCUGCCGAGCAAGCCCGCGCCCCCGACUCCGCCCGCGCCUCCCGCUUCGUGCGCAGGCCAGCGUACCGCCUGCUGCGAACCCGGGCGCCUGAGCGGCGGAGCAGGUCCUGGGGCCCGCCGCAGCGACUUCCUGCAAAAGACCGGCAGCAACUCCUUUACUGUCCACCCUCGAGGCCUGCCCCGCGGCGCGAUCGAUCGCCCACUCUCUAAUGGGCCUUCGGUCCGCGACACCCGAGCUGACCCUGCCAAUGGGCUCGCAGGCUCCCCGCCUGCGCGGGUCGAGUGGAAGCCAAAGGUGGAGUCAGGGGAGACCCCACUCCACCCGCCCCCUAGCCCCGGGACCCCGAGUGCCAGUCCAGCCGUGUCCCCUUUUCCGGCGUCCAACCAUUCCAGUGCCACUCCCAGCCAGCGUCAGUGGGUCUCCGCUGCCACCAGCGCCAAUGACUCUUUCGAAAUAAGGCCAGCCCCUAAGCCAGACAUGGAGACUAUCCCUCUGGGGGAUCACCAGGCCCGGGCCCUGGCCAGCCUCCGUGUGAACUCCCGAAACUCCUUCAUGUUGAUCCCCAAGCGCAAGGCCUCUGGGAACUCUCCUCCAGAAGGCAGGCAGGCAGGGGAGCCGCCAAAGGGAGAGGUGGGAUGGGCCUCUCAAAGCCAGGGAAUGGGAGCCCAGCUGAUGUCUAGAGUGGAUGGUGCAUCUGCCUUGGGGAGGAUCCCCUUGGAGGCUGAGGUGCAGCAGGCAACUAGGGAAGGAGGCUGCCCCAGGCCAGCCACUGCCCUCACAGACUCAGCUGUUAGGUGGCAGAGGCCAUCCUCACCCCCACCAUUCCCAACCGUCACUGCUGAAACUGAGCCUGCUGAGGGCUUGGGGUUUCCCAGCUUGACUAAGAAUGGCAGGGAACGUGGGAGGCCGGGACUGCCGGUCACCUUCAUUGAUGAGGUGGACUCUGAGGAGGAGGCUCCCCAAGAAGCCAAACUGGCCCCUUCAGCUGUUGGUGUGCCUCCCCAGUACCACCUGAACUCCACCAGGACCAGGCACUUCUCAGAGCUUCAGCACAGAGGCAACAACACCUUCUUAGUGGUGCCCAAGAGGAAGCCAGGAGCCCUUCAGGAAUCUCACUUCAGUCAGACUAAUGGGGAGCCCCCGACACAAGAAUCCAAGGAAGAGGAGGUUGAUAGCCUCUCAGGAUCCUACGCUGCCACAGAGAGCGCCCUGAAGAAGCGCUACCCCACUGUGCAUGAGAUUGAGGUGAUUGGUGGCUACCUGGCCCUGCAGAAGUCCUGCCUUACUAAGGCUGGCUCCUCAAGAAAGAAGAUGAAGAUCUCCUUCAAUGACAAGAGCCUGCAGACAACAUUCGAGUACCCUUCUGAGAGCUCCUUAGUGCAGGAGGAAGAGGCAGAGGAGGAGGAAGAGGAGGAAGAGGAAGGAGAGGAGGGUGAGGAAGAGGAAGGGGGAUCAGGCUCAGAGAAGCCCUUUACCCUCUUCCUGCCCCGGGCCACGUUUGUGGGCAACGUGGGGCCUGAGAGCCCCCGGCUACCAGAUGGCAGCUCAGGCCUGUCCAGCUACACUCCCAAGCAUUCCAUGGCCUUCAGCAAGUGGCAGGAGCAGACGCUGGUGCAGGUUCCAGACGAGGCAGAGCCCCCACUGAAGGAGGUCAUGCUCACACCUGCCAGUCAGAAUGAUCUCUCGGACUUCCGCAGCGAGCCAGCCCUCUAUUUCUGAUCUCCAGUGCUGCCAGGACAGCCAAGACUUAGCCCCAGGUGUGAUGAUCCUAGGAGCCAGGCAGUGCCCAGGAGCCCUGUCCUCAUUCUGUACCUUCCACCUGGCUAUGCCUCCUUCCCUUCUUCUCAGUGGCCUCCUAGCCUUUGAGGACAGGUCUGUUUCUCACUCCCCAGUUUGGGGGCUCCAAAGAAUAGAGAUGGAGCACUGCCUGUGGGGAAGGCUGAAGUCAGUCCAUACUGGCCUAUUUAUAACCAGGUUGAUGCCUGAGUAGAUCCUGUCCCAAGGUGUUCUCUGUCCUGCUUCCAAAUCCCUGCCUGUUCUUUGCAGCUCACAUUCUAUCAUCGUAGAACUCAUGCUACCCUUUGUGAUAGAUUUUUUUUUUUUUCCCUUGCCCAUGGACUCAAUAAACAGCACUGAACAAUGCC